CAUCACUAGUUUCAAAAGCAGUUCGUAGCUGCGAAGCUGCAUCGGCUAUCAAAAAUAUUUCUGGUACGGCUUGUCUUGAGUUCUUUAAAAUUAAUUAUUUUCAUAAACUUCGCUAUUAAUGGUUAAAACUGUAUAAAUUAACCAGGCCACAGAUUUGAGAAAAGUGUUAAUUACUGUUUAUUACUGCUAGUAGAAUUUUACUGUCGAAACAAGAUGGAUGCAAUGAGCCUAAGUUUGGACGAAAUAAUAAAAAAGAAGGCGAUUGGGAAACGAGCAAAGCAAGGGAUUUCUACUGAAACCAAAAGAGCAGGCAAGGUACGCAAUUCAAAAAAUCCAAAAGCUAGAAGUGUUCGUCCUCGCUCAAAUAAAAAGCAGCCUGCUAAUCGCAUUGGUAAGAAAAAAUCUGCAGAAUUGAAGCCUCGUCUCCCCGUUAAUAAACCAGCUAUGGUGAUUGAUGCUCGGAUGAAAAUCAUACAGAGAAAACGAGCCCAAAUUCGAGAUGCUCGAGAUAAGCUCGUGGAAAUAGCACGAAAUAGCGGAGAUGCUAGGUUGAGACUGCUAAAACGUAAAGGAAAACUUCCUCCUGGGAACGGAGUUCCCAAAAAAAGAUUAACUGGGAAACCAUAUCUUGAAGAGAUGGAUGUGGAUUAUGGCAUAGAAAUAGACUUACGGCGACCGAUAGGCCCGUUGAAACGAACGGUUCGAAAUGAAAUGUUCACUGUACCAAGCACAAUGCCACCAUUGCCAACAUUCAGUCGUAAUGUGCGUAAUUCGCCCCCACCACAAACUUUGUCAUGGAACAGCGAUCCUUUCGACUGCUAUGAAGUUCAUACAUCCCGACCUGCCUCACAAAAGAAUCCUGCACCAGCCCCAAUUCCCCACUACGACGAUGUUCCGCCAAGACGUGGAAUCACAAGAGUACGUUCACCUCCACCAUCGCAUCCAAUGUAUGCUGAAGAUCGACCCCAUCUCUCGUCUACGAUGCGUGCCCGUUUGGAACGAGCUCCUAAUCAAAGCGAGUCGAUGGGAAUUUUUGCCAAGAUGUCUGCAGAUGAACACAUUGCAAGUAGUAGUAGCAGCAGGUAUCACAAUCAUGCUCCGCACCAUCAGCCACCGCUUUCACCUUCACCAUCGCCGCCAAUGUCCGGUUAUAGAAUCGUCGUUAGCAAUCUUCAUUCUAGUGUAACACAGAAUGAUAUUAAAGAACUUUUCGAAGAUAUUGGCGAUCUACUUGAAUCACGUCUCGUUCGAGCAGGAGUAGCUGAAGUUAUUUAUCGUUCUUUGAAGGAUGCAGAAGAAGCUGUUGAUACGUAUCACAACCGUCAGCUGGACGGUCAACCAAUGAAGUGUUUGUUGGUAAAGCCACGUUCUUCCAACAAACCAACAGCUCCAGCCAUCAGUUACUCAAGCUCGUCAAGAUCAUUGAAAUCGUCUUCACUAUCAUCGGCAUCAAAAAAACCGCAGGUUGAGAUAGAUAUCGACGCCUUGCACACUGUCCUUUUCAGACGAGAUCAUUAGAAAAAUCAUUUCGUCAUGUGAACUUGAAUUUGAUGAGCAGACAGGUAUUACAUACAUGUGAAAAGUUUCUUUUGGGAAAGAAUUACCUUGAUACGCGCUUCUUUUUAAGUACUUACACUAGUUUUUUUGCAUAAAAUGGAAAAAAUUACAAGUAUUGUAAUUUUAUACUGCUUACCAUAAAACUCGACAUUCAUUUGAAUUACAAACUGUUUCAGUUAUAAGUUUUGUUUAUAUGCAAUCAAUCAGCAAAUGACACAAGGAAACUCAGAAGAAACAAACCAUUGAAUCAUAAUAAUGUAAUAAACUUUACCAAUAUGUCA